UAGUCAAGUCUGCGAGCGCGAUGCUGUUUGCGUAAGGAAUGUAUAAACAAACAUUGAGUUUGACUCUGUAGUGGUAUGAUACUGGGAUAUGAAAUGUUUGUGAAAAAUAUGAUAUAAAAAGGUAUUAGUUUUGAGUUAGGAAUACCAUUCUGUGCAGAAAAUAACAUGUUACCAAAGAUAACGUGAAAUAUAACUACAAACUUAGCUUAAUAUAAGUUAUCUUAAAGUAGUUAAAAGUUAGUCACUCAGUCACAAGUUAGUGUUCUUUUUCAAAUUUUUGUCUUCAGCCAACCAAUGUGAAAAUGAAGAAGCAAUUCCUCAGAGUUAAACAGAUAGCAGAUCAAACUUUUCUUCGUGCGGAGAGGACUGAAGUCUUGACAGAAGACCUAGUGAGUGCUGAGAAACGUGUUGAACUAAUUAAACAUUCAUGUCAGAAUACUGCAAAAAAAACAGCAGCAUGUUUACAAACUGGAGGAACAGAUGUUUCAGUCCCAGAAAAACGAAUGAAAAAACUGCGAGAGGUUGUGUUGUCUCAGUGUAUGUAUGAGAACAGUGGAGCUCUAGGAGAAACUUCUAUCUUAGGUAUAAUCUUUGGAAAAGGUUCAUCACUACAAGAGCAAUUAGGAAGAAAAUUACUGCAGUAUGAAAUAAAUGUAGAGGACCAUCUUUUAUCACCGAUUGGAGAGUUCUUAGAGAAUGAUGUUCGCAACAUUAGCAAGUUGAGAAAACAUCUUAACAAGUUAACAUUGAAUAUGGAUUCCACACGAUCUAGAUAUCAAACAGCAAUUCGUCACAGCCAACAACAGACUGGAGGAGGGUUAAACACUGCCACAGCAAAAGCAGAUGUCUUAAGAGAAGAAUUAGAAGAUGCCUCAAUGAAAGUUGAACAAUGCAAGGAUACUUUAGCAGCAGAGAUGUUUGCCUUUCUCAAACGAGAACCUGAAAUUGCACAGUUAUUUGUGGAUUGGUACAGGUACCAAGCAGAUUACCAUCGUACGGCAUUGAGUAUCUUAGAAGAAUGGAUUCCAUUACUUGAAAAUGAUAUUAGGAAUUUUAACCAAAAGCCAGUAUAUGGAACACCAUUAAUUGAACACCUUAGGGUUACCAAUCGAGAGAUAGCAUUGGUGAUAGAAAUUUGUGUUUGUUGCUUGUUAGAAUAUGGCAUGGAUGAAGAGGGCCUAUUUAGGAUUGGUGGGAGUGUAUCAAAAGUGAAGAAACUGAAAAAUUCUUUUGAUGCUGGUAUUGUAGUUGACAUGAGUGAAUACAGUCGAGACCCCCACACUGUUGCAGGUGCUUUAAAGUCAUACCUUCGUGAACUUCCAGAGCCUCUUUUGACCUUUGACCUCUAUGAUGAGUGGAUGAAUGCAGCAAAAACUACUGAUUCUGAGAUGAAGAUACAAGCACUACAGUUGGUAUUACAACAACUGCCUGAAGCCUACUAUAAAAACUUGAGAUACAUCAUCAAAUUUUUAGCUAAGCUGGCUACCAGAGCUGAAGUAAACAAGAUGUCCCCACAAAACAUAGCCAUAGUUAUUGCUCCCAAUCUUAUCUGGAACUCUGAACAGGACUCUUUACAGUUAGGUAUGAAUAUGUCAGUUGCCAACUUCCACAGUAUCAUUGUGGAGUACUUAGUGAAUCAUGCUGAUCAGUUUUUUCCUGGAGAGACUCGCUUUUACGUAUCAACUUCGAACCUGGACCGUUCAGAUUGUUCAGGCAGUACUGGAGACUCUGAGCCAGAAGGAAGUUCUCCUGAGAGUUUAACUUCAAGUCCUGUUUGUAACAGUCCAAAGCCUAUACAUCGUCCAGGCAAAAAGCAAGCACCUCCAGCCCCUGGUGGUCAGCCAAAAGACAAGCCUAGAAUAUCAGAGAAGUCACUUUCACAAAGCUUUCCUUUUGAUGCCUGUGAGGAAACAUCCUCUGUUUAUUUUGGGGUAUCUGAUUCAACUGAGAAACAUUCUAAGUAUGAUAAAAUUGACAAGCAGUCAUCAGCUUUCUCCCAAAAUGUGAUCGGAACUUCAGAAAAACCAGAUCGACUCACCAUCUUGCAAUCCCAUGAAAAUCUAACAGGUAUUUCUAUGGAAAAAUGUCCUGUGGUAAAACCCGAAAAACCUGAGCGACCAGAAAAAUCAAACAAAUAUUUAUAUUCUACUAAUUCUUUAGAUCGUAAAAAUAUGACAAAAAGGGGAGAAAAGCCACCCACAGCUCCUCGUUUCUCAAAAUUAAGUAGUCACAUUGAGAAACCAAAUGUUCCUCCUCCUGGUAUUCCUGUGAGAAACCAUGCAAGUUCAGUUGAAAGACCAUCUGUUCCACCUCCACAAGUACCUAGCAAAUCUGAUGUAUUGUUGAAGUCAAUUGGAUCAUCCGAAACUGUAAAAGAGGUUGUUUUACCAGGAAGUAUUAUGAGAAACACAGAAUCUUCCAGUUUUAAGUUAUCUGUUCCAGAUAUUGAAACAAAUAACUUGUGUGUAUUAGAACCUAUGGUUUUAUCAGGUGAUGAUUCAGGUGGUGGUGGGGAAGGCACAGAAGAAUCAAAUGAAAUUCCUCGGAUGCAAACCAGUAAUGGUGAAUCAGAAUUUAUUUGUAAAGAAAGUUCAGGAAAUGGCAGAAAAAACCCACAAACUUUCUCACCCUUUGAGCCGGAAUGUUCAGUUAAACAGGAUAAAUGGAACUUUCUAACUUUUCAGACUAUUGAAAAACCACCCGAAAGGCCUCCUCGCACCAUUCCACUUCCUGUUGAAACUGGCCACAAGGAUAAUGAUUUAGCUGAUGAGUCUUCCAGUGAAAGUUUUGAAGAAGUCAAACCUUGUGUACAUCUGACUCGGAAAGAUCAACCUCCAGAACGUCCUCCUAGAACCAUUGCCCCUCUCAGUAUUCACUUAGAUCCAGAAUUAUCUGUUAAACAACCCAGUGACAAAGAGUAUUGUACAGUAAUCCCGGUUGGAGGAUUGGGCACAACUACUGAACCAUUUUAUUUGAACACCAUAAAUAGCCAACCAACUCGUCCCCAACCACCACCUAUUAGACCAAGAGCUAGUGGUGUUACUGAAGAUAACCAUCUGUAAGAUAAGUUUUUUAGUAUUAAAUUGUUACCAAAGUUAUUGAGCUACUAGAAUGUUACAGCUUCUAAACAAAAUAUAUAUAUUUUUUUUCUCAGUUAUUUUAAUAUAACACAAUUUCUCUUGGUGCCUUACAAAUAUAUAUCCAAUAUUCUAGUCUUUUUUUAGAAAAAAAAGAAUAUUUAAACAAAGUUAUUAUUUGAUCCAAAGUUUGAUAGAAAAUAAUUGUUUUACAUUGAUGUUAGUAAAUGUAUUUAAUUCAAUUAGUCAAAGAUAUGACCGUACACACAAAACAUGGAAUUUGUUCAUCUUGUUCUGAGAUCAAAAUAAAACAUGUCAUUUACGUGAUACAUUAAUACAAUAUAUAAAACCACAGUCAGCAAUCUGUAAAUUACUGAUUAAGCAUGGAAAAUUCAGAUGAUACUUAGAUAAUUUUAUGAAUACAUUUCUCUGUAAAAGUGCCAGUGAAAACAUUUUCAUGCCAUCAAUAACAGUGAAGUAAAAAGAAAUAUCAUAUUAAUAAUUUAAGUGUGGAAAACAGAAACAAUGUAUACCUCAUCAUUUGAUAUUGUAAUGUGAAAAAACGAAUGCAACAUGCAUGAAACAUCAGGUGAUUUGAUAAGCUAUAAAACCAUUUCAGUAUCAAAUAAAAGUGUAACUGAUAGGUUUGUUUCAACAGCAUCUUAAAUGUACUGUAAAUCAGUAACUAUAGUUCACUUAUUAUUUCUUAUGUUAUUUAUCAUGAAACUUUGCUGUUUUCCAAACUUAAGUAAACAUUUUCUUCACACUAUUCAAAUUCAAUGUGUAUGUUAUGGAAGUUAAAAUCAUUAUUUUGUAUAUGUGUGUGUGUUCCAUUGUUCAGGCCAUCUGUUGUAUGUCUUAAAUAAAUUAUUAAUGGCUGUACGUAACUGAUAAAGUAAGUUGAUCAGCUUGUUUUAAGUGUACUUUGUUUUCAGUACUAACAAAAACUUGCAAACUCUUGUGUGUUAAUAUCAGAGAAAGAAAAAGACCCUGUAGCUAUGUCGACAAGCUCAACUGCACGUUAACUGUGAGCCUCAUGCUCAAAAGUUUCAUAUAAUAGUCUAAUUCCUAUUAAAGUUAAAAAUCUUUUAAUGAGGGAACCAAGCUAACCAAUUUUCAUAUUUAACUGACAACUUACAUAUUUCUAUAAUUUCUUUUCAGGCACAUUGUGCUACUAUGUUUAAGAGUAAAAAACACAAAAACUGAAAUUUUUUUGGCACAAUGAAAUGUAACAUCUUUAUUAUCAGUUACAGGUCACACUAGCCAUGAUGAUGGUAAUAGUUACAGAAACUAGUCGGUUGUAACUAAUAAUAAUAUAUUUUACCUUCUAUUGUGCUAAAAGAAUGUUGUUGUUUUUUACUCUAAAUUAAAUAUUUCUACCCAGAGAAAUCAAAAUUGUGAUAUCAAAUGCUGUGGUAUUAUUUCACAAAGAUGUUUUACUUUAAUGAUAAUUGUGGUUGUCAAAAAGAAUGCUUUUAUUUUUGUAUUUGUUAAAUAGGAAAUUACAAAACUGUUGUUUUUUUGUAGCUGUGGUCUAGCAAGCUGACUUAAGUGGCUUUUCUCUAAUAGAUUGUUUUAUCAAUAGAAUAAUGGAGUUCUGUAAUUUUUUUGUUUUUAGUUAAUCAAAUUUGAUUAUCUGUUUUAUGAAGUUUUGAAUAGAAAUUCCUCAGUAUUACCUCCCACCUCCCAAAAAUGACGACAGCAUUAUAAAUUGGUAACAUGAAACAAAAACUUUAGAUUUGAUGAUGUGUCUGAUUGUCUGAAGAAUUAACAAUGUGUAUCUUCUUUUUUUUUUAAAGAGAAUGAAUACUUUGUAAUUCAUAUAGUGAUAUUUGAAUUUUUAGACACACUUUUAUAUAUAAACCAAGAGUACUAGCAUGCCCUGUAACAUUAUUAUAAACUUAGCCAUUUCUCAUUGGCUCUAGGUGCACAUCAAUUCUUAAUGAGGGUGCAACAUGUUGUACCAUUUUGUUAAUUGAUAUAAGUGAAAUAGCAAUGGUUGUGUUCACACUUAAAUGUAGGACUUCGAAUAUUUAUCUAAACUUUUGCAGUAUUAGAUUGAAGGAAUCUCAUGGGAAUAAAUAUUCUGAGUAAGCUCAGUGGCCAGUUUUGAAUCUUGUUUUUUUAUGACCUGAUUUGAAUGUAAAAUGGUUAAAAGUUGCCAUAUUUUUGAAUAGUAUUUCUCUUAAAAAUUUAUAAAUAUUAUAUGUUUAUUAUAAUAAAUGUAAAAACUAAUUUUCCCUGAAAUAGAAAUUAUGGGUUUUUCUUUACGUUAUUCUUGUAUCCCAUGUGAAAAUAUUGAACAGAUUUAAGUUAUUUCUUCUAGUACUACACUAGUCUUUAGUUUUAAAAAAUCUCUUGUAUAAAUGCUUUGUAGUCUAUACACUUGUGUGUGUAGACAAGAUAAUUCUGAGAUUUUUACAAUCUUUUGAUGUAAAAAUUUUAAUUGUUUUUUACUUGAUUUUUUUUCUCAGUUAUUGGACAUGAUAUUUAAACUUUUCAUAAGUCUUAUUGGAAAAGUCACAAGGGAACUUAUCCCAUUUAUUUCUAUGUUAAAUGCUAUAUGUAUGCUCAUUCUUAGAAUCUCCAACAUCAGUAGAAUUAAGAAUACUAGCAGAAAUGCUGCCCUAUAGGUGGCUGUUUGUAUUAGUAAUUACUAAUCAUAGUAUUCAUACUUAAUUCUAAAAAGUUGUUAGAAGUGAACGUUUUCAUCUUCACAUAUUGCAACAUUUUUCUUAGCCUGUCUUCUUUUUUGCUUGAGAGAUUCUUGGGCUUGUUGUUCCUUUUGCCAUCUUGCUCAUUCUCUUCAUUCAUUAUCAUCUUUAUACUUUUUGGCCUUCCCAUUUUGGAUGGCUUUCUUUGUAUCCUCUUCUUGUAAGUUCAAAACAUACCCAAAGAAUACAGGAAAGUCUGUAAACAAUCAUCAUUUCAUCUCUGCAUCAAUAUGUUGAUAUUUAAAGAAUUUUCUGUACUUUUGGUGACAUACAUAGAUACUGAUGCUAAUGCUAUGUCCACUAUAGUCAGAUUUGAACUGUAAUGUUUUUGUUUAAAUUUUCUGUAGCUGCUUAUAUUUUUUUAUCAAACAGAUCUUAUUCACAUUGCAUAAAUUUAAGAGUUAGCUUAAAAGUAAAACCAAACUAUUGGAACUAAUGAGUAAUCAAGAAUAAUAAAAUAUAUAUGAAGAAUUUUUUAGAAUGUUAAUAAUUACAGUAUAAAUUCUCUUGGUUUUAUAUCAUGCUUCUUUUAGCAUCAUAUUUCUUAAUAUUUUAAAACAAUCCUUUAAUUUGUUUAUUUUUUAAUAUAUAUGUCAUUAUAUUUCUUCAUGCUUUAAAAGAUCAUGGUUAGUUUUGGUUUUGUACUGGCACAUUUCAUAACAAGGAUUAUUAGUUGUCACGAUGUCUUAUUGUUUGUCAUAAUAAUGUAGUAUUAAAGACUGAAAAAAUUAUAGGAUAAGAAUAUUGGGUUCAAUGUGUAAUUAUUCUGUACUGUAAGAGGCAUACCUGACUAAAGAUAUUUUAUAAUGUUUAUGGAAGGGUCAAAUAAGUAGUUCAAUUACACUGCACUAUUAAUGUUAGUCUGUAACUGUCAUUAUUUAUAUAAAGCAUGCUUAGACACUUCAAAGGAAAUUACUCGACUCUUUCUACGUUUCAUUUAUUUGUUAUUUUGAACCACUUGGUUCUGAAACAUGCACAUGCCCACGCAAAGAGAACAGGAACUUAGUUAUCAGUUCUAUAAAAGUUUCUCCCUGGUAAGUGCAUAGUAUUAUCUUUCAUAUUUUAAAUGACUGAUGUAUUCGUACCUUAUGACUCGUAAUGGGGGAGUGAUCAAGUUAGUUAUGUUUUAUGGCUGAUGCAAUCGUAACUUGUGUAUUGCUCAACUUAACUGCACCAACUGCUGCGCUGGAGAAACUAACAUCACAGACAUUUUUAUUAUUAAGUACAAAAGUCUUUAAUGAUUAACACUUAAAUUACCAGUUCUUCUUUUAAUAUUGUUUCUUAAGUCAUUCUUGGGCCAAAAGAUUUAUUUCCAAAAUUAUAACAUCUAAUAUUCAACCACACACUUAGUUUAAAAAAAUUGAUAAACCCUUACAUAUGUUGAGACUGUCAAACGUUUUAAAACUAUAAGAAUGAAUGUAAGGUAUCAUUUGAUUAAGUUGCAUCUCAUAAUAUAAUAAAAUUCUGGCUGUAGGUUACUGAUGGUUUGCUUACAUUUUAUAUGAUCACUUAUGGAUCUUACUUGAUCUAGAAGUACUUGGUUUGUCAGUUUACUGAAAUAAUAAUUUAACAGUUGGAUGUUUUAGGUCUUUUGCAUUUAUUUAGGGUCAGUCUUCCUUGCUCUUACCAAGUGUUGUUCUGAAGUUCCGUAUAUUUAUGAUGUGGACUAUAUAUACUUCAAAAUAAUAUGUUUAAUUUAGAAAUUCUCAUUAAACAUUUGUUAAUCAGUGUUUUGAAUAUGUAUGCUCAGUUAGAAUAUGUUCAUUUUGGAAGAUUAAAUUUCAAUUACAUACUAGCUCAACAGAUUAUUCAACAUAAAUGUAUUAAGAACUUUGUUGAAUCUUAUUUUGCAAUAUUUGAAAAUCUCUUUUUUUUUUUUUGGUUCAAAUCUCCUGUUAGUUAUUUAGUGAUUAAAUAUAAAAUUGUUUACCUAUGUUUGUUUUGGAGUUCACUGAAAUUAUAAGUUAAGUUCUUUAUCAGUUUAAUUUAAUAGCACAUAAUUCAGAUUUAUCUGUGUAAAUUGUUAUUUUAACAUAUUGUUAAUAAUUAUGUGAAAGUUGUAAUAUUUAAGGAGGGCAUGUUUCUCAAAAAAUAAAAAAUCUAUACACUGAUUUUAUUAAGAUAAAAUUAACAUUAUGCAGCUUAUGGAUGUUAAUAGUUUAAUUAUUAUGAUUUCACUUGGUUGUAAAUGAUUAAAAGCCUCUAAAAAAUAGUAAAAACAUUGUGUUAGAAUAUUUUUAAUACCAAAAAAAUCUUGGUUAUGUAAUGCUUAAGUCAUUAAAAUCCUACGUAUGGGACUUCAUGAAUUUACAAAUGAGAUGAGGUCAUGAUGGGGGGAUUUGAGGUUACUUUUUAUAAGAUUUUCCCAUUUUUGAAAGAUUUAAGUAGAUGUGCAAAGAGCAAUAAAAAUGUAUUUAUAUUAAAAGGCAGUUUUAAUCUUAUUGAUAUGAAAUACAUACAUAUUUUUUACUAUUCCUGUUUACAUUUAAACUGCUGGUGUUCUUUUGCUGUUAUAGUGUCUUGUGAGCACAAUAAGAAACUGUUUAAUGACCAUUGUUUACUAAAACAUUUAUAUAACUUUGUGCAAUAUUAAAAGUGUAAACGUAGGACAGUUAUUAUUAUUUAGUGGAUAAAAAAUUAUAUUUUGUAGAACAAGUACAUGUAAGAACAGUAGUAAUAUAUUUUUGUUGUCCAAUGUGAUAAUUUUUCUGUUAAAAAAAUUUAAAAAUUCAUUUGUAUUAGGUAUCAAAAUUAGAACUGAACAGAAACGUAGUAAGUACUUGUUUUUUUGUGAUUUAAGUAAAAAUAUUUUGAUAUGUUAUGGAAGUAUACAUAAUUUGUUUCAGCAAAUGCACAUGUUGCUGAGUGAUGUUAGUGAAAAAGAAGUAAUACAUUUAACCAGUAUUUCUCCUAUUCUUCAGUACUUUUGUAUCAUGUAUUUUUUAGACAAGAUCAACUGUAGAACUGAGUGAGAAGUUUUUGAGAAAAACAUUCUUUAAAGACUAUUUACUAUUUUACUUGUAAUAUUCACUUUAACAAUAAAGCUUGUCAAGCAAACCUUGAAGAGAA